GCCAUAGGAACAGGGAGAUGCACUGCUUUGUGUAUGUGGUGGUGUAAAAUGAAAUGCGAAGAAAAUUAAAGAAAUUUAACUUUAGGAAUCGAUGAAAAAAUAUUUGUAGUUUCCAUCUGUGAUGGUGAAACUGAGAGCGAGGUGCAUUCUUCUCGGUGAUGCUGCAGUGGGGAAGAGUGCCUUGGCUCAGAUGUUCCGCAGUGAUGGAGCACACUUCCAGAAGAACUACACCAUGACAGCAGGCGUGGAGCUGUUCAUGAAGUCUGUGAACAUCCCCGAGAGCAGUGACAGCGUGGAGCUGUUUAUCUUCGACUCGGCUGGGAAGGAGACUUUUUUAGAAGCAUGCGAAAAGUUGUGGAAACAGCCUUCGGUGUUGUGUCUGGUUUUUGAUGUUACUAGCGAAACCUCAUUCAGGAGCUGCGAACGCUGGCUGGAGAGGGUGAGGGCUCACUGCCAGGGCCUGCAGGUCCCAGGGGUGCUUGUGGGCAACAAGUCAGACCUGUCAUCACGGCGGGAAGUGGAGAUGGCCGUAGCCCAGGAGUGGGCGCAGAGCCAGGGGCUGGAGUACCACGAGACUUCGGCUAAGGAGAUGGAGAACUGCGAGGCUCCCUUCGUGUCUCUGGCCCAGGCGUUCUAUGGCAUGUACCAAGACCGUGUCCAGACUAUCCAGAGCCUGGCUUAGGACAACAGCACCAAAAAACACCAGUCUUCACAUGUUCCAGGUGCUUCAGUGCCAUGAUGACUGUCCACAAGGCAUUCGUUCAAUCAACAUGCUUUUAUCAAACCAACAUUAUUACGAUUUUUACUUACUUUCACAGUGGAGGAUCUCUGGACAUCGGACAUGUCAUACCUUCAUAUUCCUGUACAUGUUACCACUCGUUAAAGAUUUUCUGUUUUGCGCAAUUGCACUGCACUGUAGCACAUUUGGAAAGUGAUGCACUGCUGCAUUAAAUAUCAACAAAGAGUGCAAAAACAGUUGUUCAUACUACCUGUAAAAAUAUCAUAGUAGGUCACACUGUACACUGGUUCAUGGUGAAAAAAUAUUUUUGUGUGUUUAUUUUUUCAUAUUUCAGUUUUUUGCCUUAUUCCCUGAAUUUUUUGUUUAGAGGGAAGCAAAGUAAGCCUGUAUUUCUAUUACCAUUAAAGUGCACCAAAACAGAAUAGCAGGGUGGUG